CAGCCAGCCCGCGCAUUUACAUUAAAUGCCAAACUUAAUUAAAUCAGAAGCAAUUUUGUGCGGCAAACGUGUGCAGCUGCUAAGCAUAGCAAUAUUUCCAUAGACAUUUGUGGUGCAAUAUAAAGUGGCAAUUCUCUUCCUUAGUGGCAAGCUAGACGGCCCGCGGACCGCGGACAUCGGACAACGACAACAGACAAAAACGACUCACACUGACGCUCACACAGGCGCGCGCGCGCUCGCUCGCCUGCUCGCCAGCUAGCUAGCUCUCGCUCUCGCUCUCACUGUUUAUGUGUGUUUAUGUGCGUGUAUGAGUGCGGCUAUGUGUGUGUAUUUGCAAAACGAGUGCAAUUGAUUUUCGUAUUUUACUCGCUACUCGGCAUCACUAUUUAGCACUCGCACUCGAACUUGUACUCGGUAUCGGACUCUGACUCCGACUCGGACUCGGUCUCGGACUCGUUUUUGUUCUUGUUUGUUCAUUUGCUCGCUCACUCGUUUGAUGGCUUGCUAACCAAUUCGGAACUCGCUCGCGAACAGUCACUCAAGUGGUUCGUGCGGUUCAUAAACAAACUCAAUUCUGAAAAACUCAAAACAAAAGAAGAAAAACAAGUGGAGGAAAAAUAAAAAAAAUCGCACAAACAAACCAUAAAAGAGAAGAUAUCUGCGAUUGAGCUAGGAUGUCGGCAACCGGAGAUGCUGGAGCCGGUGCCGCCAAUGCCAGCAACAAUGUGACCGUCGUCCAGGCGACGGUCAACGUCAGCGGCGACGGCAGCCCCACCAACAACAGCAACAACAACUCAAAUGCCAACAACAGCAACUCGAACAACAAUGGCUCAACAGCCGGCAGCUCGAAGGGCCAGAUGCCGCUCACGCCCCGCUUCACCGCCGAGGAGAAGGAGGUGCUGUACACGCUGUUCCACCUGCACGAGGAGGUGAUCGACAUCAAGCACAGGAAGAAGCAGCGCAACAAGUACUCCGUGCGCGAAACCUGGGACAAGAUCGUGCGCGACUUCAACUCGCAUCCCCACGUGAGCGCCAUGCGCAACAUCAAGCAGAUUCAGAAGUUCUGGCUGAACUCGCGCCUGCGCAAGCAGUAUCCGUACAGGGACGGCAGUGGGUCCGGCGGCAGUUCGGGCAUGGGCAAGGGGAACGCCAUCUCGGCCAACGCACAACAGCAACAGCAGCAGCAGCAACAACAACAGCAGCAGCAGCAGCAACAACAGCAGCAGCACCACGACAACGUCAAGGUGGAGCCUGAAUAUCAGAUUAGUCCGGAUGCCUCUGAGCACAAUCCGCAGGGCGACACCUUCGACGAGAUCGAAAUGGACGGCAACGACGUUAGCGAAAUGGAGGACGAUCCGCUCGAGGCGCAGCAGCAGCAGCAACAACAGCAACAGCAGGCGGCGCAGGCCCAAGUGGAGCAGCAGCAGUCGGCUGUCGCCGAGAUGCAGAAGCUGCAGGUGAGCGCUGCAGUCGCUGCUGCCAAUGCGAGCAUGUUGAACACGCAUCGCAUCAACGUCGACUCCAUAAGUGCCGAGAAGCUGACGCUGACCGAUCUGCUGCACUUCAAGCCGGCGCGGCCGCGCGAAGAGAUCAUAUUGCAGAUCAAGCAUCCCACCGAUGCGACAGCCACGCAAAUCCACACGAUACCCACACAGCCGCAGCAGCACACGAUGGCCACCAUCACGGCCGGCGGCUACAAUCAGCAGAUCAUCAGCGAGAUAAAGCCGCAGCAGAUAACGCUCGCCCAGUACCAGGCGCAGCAGCAGCAGCAGGCGCACGCACAGGCCCAAGCGCAGGCCCAGGCCCAGGCCCAGGCGCAGGCGCAGGCCCAACUGGCUCAGCAGCAGCUGGCGGCGCAGCAGCAACAGUUGGCGGUGGCGGCGGCAGCCGCGCACCAUCAGCAGCAGCAGCAGCAGCAACAGCAGCAACAACAGCAGCAGCAGCAGCAA